UUGCCCUUUAGCAUACGAACACCAUCACCACCCUCAGAAUACUGUGGAUAACUGCAUAAACGUCAUUUAAUGUCACUCACAGAUAAGAUAAACCAAUUCUACUUACCAGAAUGGCUCUCGGUAGAAAUCAUUGCUGGUAACUUUAUCAGUUUUACUCCACUGUUCUCGUACGGCUCCACGAUCCUCUCAAUUUACAGGAAAGAGUCGUCUCUCGGGUUCAGUAUUGACAUCUGCGCUACAAUGAUUAUUGCGUCGACUCUUAGAAUUGCGUACUACUUCAUCAUCCCCUAUGAGAUUGCGUUGCUCCGACAGAGCAUAGUGAUGGUUGUUAUCCAAGUGCUUUUACUCAAAGUGAGCCUAGUAUACCGACCAAGAAGUUAUGAUGCAGAUAUCCUGGUUCAAGGCCCGCCAUUGACAAAUGAUUUGAAAAACCUGUGGGUAGAAUACACAACCAAGAAACUGAACUUACAAACAGCUCCCGUAUUUACCCGAGAGGUGUUUGUUACGUUAUUUGUACACUUUGUACGGUAUUUUGAUCCAAGUUUUAGAAGAUAUAAAAAAUUCUGGCAAUGGAACUCAGAAACCCCAUAUUGGGGGUUUCUAAUAAAAUUUUGGGCUGUGAUAACUAUUUUGACAUUCUUGAUGCAAAAGUCCACGAUGUUUGGUGGUGUCUUGGGAACCGUUGGACUAUUCAUUGAGUCUCUAUUGCCCCUACCUCAAAUCUUGUUGUUGAAUAACCUCAAAUCAGUUGAAGGGUUCAAGAUGAUUCUCCUGGUUUCGUGGCUGUGCGGUGACUUCACAAAGAUUAGUUACCUAAUGUACGGUGCAAAGAACAUCAGUGCUAUAUUUCUAAUCUUUGCUGUUUUCCAAAUGUCGUUGGACUUUUACAUUGCUUUCCAGUACGUCUAUUUCAAGUAUUACUAUGAGCCAGAGCAAGAGUCUCUGGAGAUGAGGGAUCUUCAAUCAGCAGUCACGCAUGUCUAACCCUCUUUAUAGAUAGUGUAUAUAAAAACUAUGUACAUAAAUGUUUUCUCAGCAUAUAUAGAUAUUC